AUGUCGUUCCAAUUACCACCCACUCUGAAAUCAUCCUAUUUCAACCACUCGUUAGGAAAGUUCGAAGUGGUGACGGCAAAUACUGGGACGGGACUAGUCCAUAUAAGGUGCUCCCAGAACAGAAAGUUCCUGAGAACGAGAAUUGAGGGUGAUGUGUACCUUUCUCCGGAGGCUGAUGAACCAGAGGAGGACCAAUCCAAAUGGUCGUGCACACUAUUUAAGCCUCAAGUAGCUGUAGAUGGCAACCUCGACAAAUCCCGGUUGUUCCAUGUCCAAGCAAAGCGAUAUGCAACGGUAUUGGACGAUGGUGGACUAAGGUUCUUCAAAUUAGAUGAAAAUCAAAGUGAUCAGGGUAUCUUCGAUAUCACUGACUGGCAGUCAUUGGUGAUAUUGCCAAAGCAUGUGGCCUUCAAACCCAGCAACAACCUUUACCUUCAGCUUGGGGAAAAUGGUGAUGGAAGGGUGCAAAUCAAGUACUACAAGAACAAUGCCUACCUUAGGUUCGGCGGCGAUGACUACAGUAACUGGAUUUUUGUUAACGGAGGCAGCGCCUCGAAACCUCCUACCUUGUUUUUGCCAAUCAAGGUAGACACUAGUGCGGCCGCUCUCCAAUGCUUGAGCAACGACAAAUUUUGCGCUCGAUACACCUAUAAGUAUGAUUAUGCAGAAGGUCUGAAUGCGCCUGACACUAGUACCAGCAUUUCAAACUUGUCACGCAUGAGGCUGGAAGAGCUUGUUCUCUCUAGGAAAAUCUAUAAUGUUGACUUUGACCUUAAGAAUGCCAUAACCUAUAGCGAGACCCCGGUCACCAUGGCCAUCGCAAAUGCCAGCAACGACACCUCAGCAGAAAACACUGUGGAAUUCAAGUUUGCAUACAAGGACGGUAAGAGCAACAUGUGGAAGGCCAGCCACUCGUGGAUGGUAGGCCUGAGUGUCUCUGCCAGCUUCAAAAUUCCAUUCAUCGGCGGUACUGACGUCACUACUUCAGCAGAGUAUUCCGGAUCCUAUGAGUAG